UCGCAAAGUAAAUCCGUACGCGGGGAGAUUCAGGUGUGAAGUGGAGCCAACUUGCUGUCAACAUUCAGCUGGGACCGCGAACGAUUCGUAUUCGGGCUGGCAUGCCCACAUUGACAAUGGAUUUUCCAAGUCUACUUCUAUGAACUAGCGCAUUGUACGAAUCAGCCAAAUUCUAGCAUGGCACAUUCUUUUCUCGUGCCUUUGAUGUUGACGCUUGGCUCUACGUACCGCAAGAAACCACAGCCAUAGAGAUAGUAAACUCUGUCUCAUAUAAGUAACCCUUGCUAUACUGCCUCCGCGGAGGCCAAGUUUGUUGAAAUGGCCUCGGCUUCGCGUUCGCAAUUGCAGCAACAUGAUGAGCACUAGGAGUUCCCCGAAAGCUGCACUUCUACGGCGAUGGAUUCAAUGUCAAUUUGGCCAGGCUGUACCCUGUAUGAAGAUGCACGAUCCAGUGCACGAGCCUGACAUUGUCAGCUCACUCCUGCCACGCCCUGACUUCUUCCGAAGAGCAAUCUAGAUCGAUUGAUGUAUUCAAUAGACCAGGCGCGAAUGGCUCCCCCGAAGGCGGAGAAAACAUGCCAAUUUCCGGGGUAUCUCGUGUUGGAUGGGAUCCCAUUUCCACAAUGCAAACUUUGGAGUUGCACUUUGAACGCCACACAUGACUCGAAGUGAUCUUGAUCGCGUUUUCAUAAGGGCGAAGAAUUCAUUAUGCUGCCGAGAUGCGCAGCGGGAGGCAGGCCUGGGAUGGGUAGUGUUUUCCGGCAAUCUCCUUAGCUAAACAUCGGCGUUCCGCGCCCGCCCAUCAUCUUAUUUUAAGCUGCUAAGCAGGCCAACCACAUUAGUGCACCUCGCAAUUGUGGGACAGCCAGCCAAUUUUUGCUCGAUCUGUAUGCCAGUCAAGGUGAACAGUGGUACCCUAGUUUCCAAAGUAAGGUCGUUCCGACAUCCUUCCCUUGAAUUUCUAUUCUAGGCCGUCAGGUCAUCCUUUAGUUGAGCUUUGCACUCAGCUUGCAAAUUUUGGUCUCCGGAGAACCGGGUGGCUCAUCAGAUGCGUGUUGGUAAGUAGAGACCACAAUAUAUCAGACUUACGACGUGUGCAAGCACUAUGAUCAUGACUUUGUACGUGAAAGACAAAAGAUCUAGGACACUACUCAUUGUUGUGUGAGUGCACCAUCCCUUGCAUUGCCCCAACGAUGACUCUGCGUCGCUGUAAACGUUACAAGCUGAAAAGUUCAGCAUGGAUCAAAUAUAAUGAAGCCAAUAGUCUCUUCUAUACACUGUCAGAAGUACUGCUAAAGGGGAGUCGUUGAGUAAUGAAGCCGACGCGGGAUAUCCCGUUGACCUCGGUCUCACCGUGAUCGCCAUCGGAGCCCGAACAAUUGUAGACACGUGCUAUGCAAACAUCAAUCGCCGGUUGGGACCUAGUUUAGCUUCGCCGAGGACAGUGGGGAUCCAUUACCAAGAUUGCGGGUUCUGGGAGCGUGCUCCCACGCGACAGCCUCAGAAUUCCACCGAGCCCACAGUUACCCACUCACCUGUCCACGUCCGAAGGGCAUGCCUAAUAGUUAUAUUAAGUAUCCUAUGCGCAUCCCUUCAGCUCUCUAUAAUACUGCUCGACGUGUUAAUCGAGAGCGUUUUAUACUAUUGCAUUAUCGGUGGAUCAUUGAGUAA